GCCCGGGCUUGGCGCGCUGCGCUCGCGUUCCGCUCUGCGGGCCGCCGGCCGCAGCCUCAGCCCCCGGUGCGAGCGCGGGCGCGGUCUCUCCCCGCCGGAGGGCAGCCUGUCGGGCAGCCCCGGCCCUCCGCGCCCCCUGCCCGCACUGCCACCGCGCACCUCGCCCUCCGGGGCCUGCCCGGCGCUCGCUGCGGCCUCAGGACGCUGACAUUUUCCCGGCGGUGCACGCCAGCCCCCUCAGGUUCCCUGUCCGGUCCGCCCGGUCGGCGGGCGCUGCGUGCGCGCGCGGGCCGGCGGCUCCGGGAUGAGCCUGGUGGUGCGGAACCUGCAGCGAGCCGUGCCGCUGAGGAGGGCGCCGCUCCGCGGCAGGCUCGAGGCCGUGAGGAAGAUCCUCGGGGUGCAGACCUUUGACCUGGGCGUCGUCUGCGUGGACAACCGGAGCAUUCAGCGCAUCAACCGAGUCUACAGAGGGAAGAACGCCCCGACCGACGUGCUCUCGUUCCCGUUCCACGAGGUAGAAGACGGGUCGCGCUCUCGUCUCCCUGCUCUCCGAAAUCUGAAAGCAGGUGAAUUCCCCCAGCCUGAUUCUCCAGAUGACUAUAACUUGGGGGACAUUUUCCUGGGAGUGGAGUACAUUUUCCAGCAGUGCAAAGACAAAGAAGAUUACUAUGACGCCCUGGCUGUGACUGCUACCCAUGGAUUGUGCCACCUGCUGGGCUUCACACAUAGCACAGAGGCUGAGUGGCGGAAGAUGUACCAGAAGGAGGAGCAGGUGCUGCAGGAGCUGAGCCGGCGCAUGGGGACGCAGCUCCAACCGCUGAGCAGAGACCUCUUCUGAUGACUCCUUCCCAGACUGCCGCUGUCCUGCCUGGCUUCGGGCAGGUAUCAUGAGGGGAACUUGACUUGGAGCCCAAGAGAAAUUGACAUUCAUUUCUUGGUUUUGAACACUGCAGAUUAGUGUCAUUGUUGUAAAUAAAAUGAUUCUGAGCCCCCA